ACGAAGCAGACUGAACACACCUUCGCACGCAGCAACGCACACGCUUUCUCGCAGGAGUCCGCAAGUUUUUUUUUGUAGGGGACUUAUCAGGUGCGCGAAGAAAUCAUCAAUCAGACUCAGGAGAGCGCUUUUGUCUUGAUUUGUGGGACUUUCACUCAUUUUUCCGUUGAAGUGAUAGUUUCUGAUGUCGGGGCACUGUUGACAAGACGAAUUGAUGCUCGUUCGCUGCUGACUCUUGACAUUUGUUGAACUGUUUCAAUAAGCAGCCGGUAAGCUUACUUUCCCGACUUUAUGUCAACAAAGAUGGAACAGCCUUUUUAUCAUGAUGACUCUUUUCUGUCGGCUUACGGCCACUCAGACGCCGCCAUGCACGACUACAAGCUGCUAAAGCAGAAUAUGAAUUUGAACUUGACAGAGCCCUAUCGCAACCUGAAAUCGCACCUGAGGGCCGACACAGACCCGUACCAGGGGGGUCAGCAGGACGUUGGGACCCUGAAGCUCGCAUCCCCAGAACUCGAGAGGCUCAUCAUCCAAAACAGUAACGGUGUGAUCACCACCCCGACCCCGGGGCAGUACUUCUACAAUCGGGGCAUCACUGAUGAGCAGGAGGGCUUCGCCGAGGGCUUCGUCAAAGCCUUGGAUGAGCUGCACAAGAUGAACCAAAUGCCUCAUUCGGCGUCCUCCCUCGGCGCCAGCGGAGUUACCACAUGCUCGCCGGCGGCUCCCAGCGUGUUCGGCUCCGGACUGCAACCCGAACCGCCCAUUUACACAACGCUGAACGCCUACUGCCCGAACACCGGCCUCUCUUCGUCCGGCUCCAGCUACCCCACGGCCACCAUCAGCUACUUGCCGCCCCACCAGCAGAACCACCCGCAGACCUCCGCGCACGGCGCUUUCCAGAACCCCCACCCGGGCUCUGGACUUCAUCCGCAGCGGCUCGUCGCACUCAAAGAGGAACCGCAAACCGUGCCGGACCUCCUGAGUAGCGACGGCUCGCCCCCUAUGUCUCCUAUCGACCUGGAGACCCAGGAGAGGAUCAAGGCGGAGCGCAAGAGGCUGAGGAACCGACUGGCGGCGACCAAGUGCCGGCGGCGCAAACUGGAGCGCAUCGCUCGUCUGGAGGAGAAGGUGAAAGGUCUGAAGAGCGACAACGCGGGCCUGUCCAACACAGCAUCGGUGCUCCGGGACCAGGUGGCCCAGCUCAAACAGAAGGUUCUGACCCACGUGAGCAGCGGCUGUCAGCUGAUGCUCACGAGCAAGAUGGAGGCAUUUUAAACACAAAGACUACUUUAAAAAAAAAAGUGACUUUAAGGUGAUAACACUGGAGUCAUGCUGUGCAUAUAGCACCACAACAACGCGAGGCAGCAGGGGGACUUUGUAGACAACUAUGUUGUGCAAAAGACUGAUUGAAAUGGUACUUCCGGAUGCUGGACACCCUCAAAGAGCCAUUCAACACUUCAUCAGUGCAGCAUUCGAAAUGGGCAAACACUGAGAGAAGAUGCCCUUAUUAUAGUUUACUAAACGGCAGAAAUCGGUUAUCAAUAUGUCUUUGUAUAUUUGCCACUGAUGGUAUUGUUACCAAAUGCUGCAUAUAUUCUUUGUGUAAAUUAUUGUUGUUUGUCCCGGUUGACCCAGGCAAACUAACCUUGUCCGAUGUUUACAAUGUCCUUCUUUUUUAAUGUGUGAUGUGUAUUUAAGUAAAGAGUCUCAAAAACA